UUUUUUUUUCUUUCUUUCUUUCUUCUCUACUUUAUUUUUAUAAAAUCAAUAAAUAACAAUGGCUGCCUACAAACGUGUUGAAUUCGAAAACUUUUCAAAGACUUCUUUGGCUUCUUGUACUGAUCUCGCUAGUGCUGCUACUGGUACCACCAUUGUUCAUGUUACUGAUGAAUUCUUUGCUCCUGCCACUAAUAUGAUUAAUCCUGCUCCUCCUCUUCAUUGUCCUGGUCGUUUCGUUGAUACUGGUGCUUGGAUGGACGGUUGGGAAACCAAACGCCACAAUCCUACUUAUGAUUGGGCUGUUAUCAAAUUGGGUUUCCCUGGUUCUUUCCGUGGUUUUGACAUUGAUACUCAUUACUUCACUGGUAACCAAGCUCCUGCUGCCUCUGUUGAAGGUGCUUUUGUUCCUGAAGGUGAUGUCUUGGCCGAUAAUGUCAAGUGGACUGAAAUCUUGCCCAAGGUUGAACUUCCUCCUACUUGUCAUAAUGUGUUUGAACUCGAAAAAGAAUCUGCUGUUUAUACUCAUCUUCGUUUGAAUAACAUUCCUGAUGGCGGUAUUGCUCGUUUCCGUGCCUAUGGUAAUGUUCAACCUAUUUGGUCCGAAGAUAAGUCUGCUAUCGUUGACCUUGCUUACCUUGGUAACGGUGCCAAGGCUGUUGAAGUGAGUAACUCUCAUUAUACACCUGGUUCCAAUGUGUUGUUGCCUGGUCGUGGUCAAAACAUGGGUGAUGGAUGGGAAACCAAACGUUCUCGUACUCCUGGACAUGUUGAUUAUGUCACUGUUCGUUUGGGUGCCAAGGGUCAUUUGUUGAAGGCUGAAUUGGAUACGUCUCAUUACCGUGGUAACUAUCCUAACAAGAUUAAGAUUGAAGCUACCAACUCUGAUGCUGAAAUCCCUCCUGCUGAUGCUAAAUGGACUAGUUUGGUUGAACCUGUUUCUGUUGGUCCUCAUGAUAUCUUCUACUUUGAUCUUCCUCACACUGACAAGGUCUUCAGUCACGCCAAGGUGACCAUUAUUCCCGAUGGCGGUUUCAAGCGUAUUCGUCUCUAUGGUGUUCGUGAAGGUGGUGCUAUUCCCAAGCUUCCAAUUGAACGUCCCAAUAUCCACACUUUGGAAAUCAUCAAUGGUGUUUAAAUCCUAUCUCUUUUUAUAUUUUUUCUUUAUACUUUUUUUUUUAUAUAUGUAUCGUGUAUCUCUUCCUUUGUAGAAAAAAAACCCAAAACUGUACUUUAGCCUUCCCCUUCCUUUUUUUUUCUUACUCAUAUAUCUCCCUCAUAACUAUUUAGAAAUAUAGUUGUACUGAUCGUCAUUCUUUAAAUAAAAGAUCUACAUGUAUAUAAAAAAAA